CAGAGAGAAGAGAAGGAGGAAAAAUGGUAUCAGAAAAUGGUAAAGAAGAUGGGUUGAGUUAUCCAUUGAUCAUAGCAAUGAAGGGUAGUUCAAGUACUGAAAAGAGCGAACUGGCCACCAAGUUAGCUUCAUUUCUUCAGUAUCCUCUCAUUGAUGAAGGAGAUAUCAUCCUAGCCCUUAAAAGCUCAAUUCCGUCCUUCUCCUCCACUGAAGAUUACGAAGAAGAGUUGCCUCUUAAAAUUGUUAGUCAAAUCUGUUCAACUCAAAUCAGUUUGAAGCUUCAUGUCAUUGUCAAUUCUGAGCUCUCUCAACGUGCCCAUUUUGAACAUUUGGUGCAAUUGGCAAGUUCCGAGGGGGCAUCUUUGCUCAUUAUUGAUUGUGAAGCUCAAAAUGGUGAUGCCCUUUAUGAUGCUGGGGAUGUCCCAAAGCUCAACAUCGAUGUCUUAAAGCCAUUUGUUUUGGAGGAAUUUGUUCAUGCAAUUCUACAAGAUGCCGAAUUCCCUCAAGAAAUUUAUCUAGCAAUGAGUAAUGGAAAUUAGUGAGAUAUAUAUGGCAAUGCAAGUGGAGGAGCACAGAAGCAUUCAGUCCAAACCGAAGAGCUAGCUUUGAAGUGAGAUUCCGUUCAGCUUAUGCAAGUUUUAGGAUGUGUAUUUACUAAAUAAUUGCUCAUUUCAAGGAGCAGAGCAGUGUUUGUAUUGUACACUUUGAACUCUGAUAUGUAUUUUUAAAUUUAUAGUCUGAAAUACACGUUAUAGUAUCAAAAUACACUCAGCAUUCAAAACGGCA